AAUGGUUUAAGCAUAUUCAGUUGGGAAUGGCAAAAGAUCAAAUGAAGUUUAAUAGGGACCUGAUACUCCAGGACCUGGAUAAUACUCUGGAGAUAAGAAAUAAAAAUACACUCCCCCAAGUUUUAAGUAUCAAUAUCUAUUUUUAAUUAGAAUACCGUAGGCUCAAAGAUAAACUUUUUAAUCAAGUUUUACUCCAGGUCCGGGAGCAUAUGCUUCAUCUGAUGUACACUUAUAUUUUUAAUUUAGAACCUACUAAAAGGACCUAAGUUUUCUUUUGCUGGUAAAAAAUAAUAAUCUGUUACAUCAUUUUAACCUGGACCAGGAGCUUAUAAUGUAAAACCUACCAAACAGGCUCCUCAUUAUAGUUUCGGAGGUAAAUAUGGAAGUAAUCCUGAUGAUUUAUAACCUGGUCCAGGAGAAUAUUAAUUAAGUAAAUAAUUAGAUGCUCCAACUAUGAAGUAAUAAUCUAUUUAAAAUAUAAUAGAUUUCCAAGAUCCAAAAGAGAUGAUCCACAUUUAGAGAAAGUUCCAGGACCUGGAAGUAUGAAUAAUAUUUGAUUCAUUUAUCUAGCAUAUAAGUAGGAAAGACCUGAAUCUGCCCCAAAGUAUCGUUUUGGUAAUGCUCAAAGAAGAGGGCUUUAUGAUAAUGAAUUAGGAAAAGUACCAGGACGUAAAUAAUAUACACAUAUAUAUAAUUAGCUGGACAAUACAAUUAUUAAUCAUAAUUUGAAACUAUCUAACCUAAGGGUUUCUCUUUAGUUUCAAGAAAAGAAUAAAUUACAUAGUAACUUGUUGUACCUGGACCUGGAGCUUAUGAUCCAUAAUCAAUUAAAAGACCUCCGUCAUGCAAAAUUGGUAAAUCUAUGAGAGGAUUACAAUUUGCUAAUCCAAAUCCAGGACCAGGAGAAUAUGAACCUUAAAUUGAUACUAUACGUCCUUAAUCAGCUAUGGUUAGAGUAGGAUCAGCUAAUAGAAGACCACUUAAUGAUGUUAAAGGAGUACCAGGACCUGGAACUUAUAAUUUACCUUCUAAAAUGGUUGAAGGACCAUAAGUUAAAAUUUUAGGUCAUAAAUAUGAUCCUGUUUAAGCUUAAAAAGAUCAAGUACCUGGACCAGGUUAAUAUGAACGUCCCAUAAUGUAAAGACCAUAAUCUGCUAAGUAUUAUUUUUUAUUACUAAUUUUUUUAAGAAUAGGAACUUCGAAAAGAUAGGAACUUAAUAAUACUUUAGAGGUUCCAGGACCUGGAUAAUACAAACCUAAAGAUAAAUUAGGAGGACCAUCUUGGGGAUUUGGUUCUAGUAAAAGACCACCUUUAAAUCCCAAAAAUGAAACUCCUGGACCUGGUGGAUAUGAUUAAGGAAAUGAAUUUGGAUCCUUACCUAAAUAUGCUAUGAAGAAAAUAUCAUGAUCUUUAUAGUAAAAAUACACUAAAUUUUAUUUCAAUAUU